UCUUCGCUUUUUGGGCGCCCCCCGUGGCACCCGGAUCGGCCCCAUAGCAUCGGGGCUGGCUUUCGGAAAGGAAUUUUGGAAAUGUGCCAAAAUUUGCGACGUUCCCCAAGUGGCCGCCAUACCGUGCGGCAUAACGUUACUCACGGUGGUAUGGCGAGCCCAUAAAAAGCAAAGCCGCGGCCAAGGCUAUGGUCGGCAAAAAAACGCCCACGACCUCACUACCCCCGCCCCGGCGGCUAUAUUUGGUAUGACAAAAAUGAGUCGCAGCCGCGGCGCAGUUACGUACUGGGUGGAACAUAUGGAGGAGGGAGCAGAGAUAUCCGAUUGGGUGGCGCUCGAGUAUGCCCACAUGCGUCUAUGUGUUGGUGGAGACCGGUUGGUGAUCAGUCAGUUCCCGGAGGAAACGAGUGUAGUUCACAGUCCUGAACGAACAGACGCAUCUUCCACUCGGGUUCCCGAGUGCGCGGAGCACGAGGCCCUAAAGGCUUUUCUAGCACCGGAACAACAACCCCCGGCUCCAGCAACCGAUGAGAUCAUCAUUACAAGCGGCUCCAGCAGCUCGAGUUUGGCGUUUGAUGCCCCACCGGCGACGUCAGCACGACCCUCACUGCACCUCGCGACGUCGCUGCCCGUCUUGCUGCAAACGAGUCGGGAGUGUUUCACCGGAAAAAGGAUAUGCCUCCUGGACAUGAAAGCGGACCAGCCCCUGCGCCCCGACGACGCGUUUGAUUUCGUGGUUGCGGGGGGCAUUUUGGGGAACAUCCUGCCGGCAGGCGAAGGAUCAGCCGACGACGGCGACGCGACGAGAGGGAGUGGUGUUCCGGUGGACACGAGUUCUACUUCGCUGGGCGUGGCCACGGGGUACUAUCCGUACACCUCAGACGAUCGCACCGCCGAGAUCCGGGCGAAACUGCCUCCCUGGGUGGAGCGCCGUCACCUGGGUUCGUGGCAGAUGACGACGGACACCGCGCUGCUGGUGUCAAAGCUGGUUCUGGAGGAACGCCUGAGCCUGGAGGAGAUCCCAUUCCUCGACGGUCCAGAGAUUCCGCUUGACGAAGCCGGGCCGGAGAAAGAGUAUUCCCUUGCAUCGAGGUCGUGGAACUGCGAGGUCGUUGCACCGGGGGCGCAGGACGAGCUAGAAGGGAGACCAAGUACUUCGUAUUAUUUCGACCAAGUCCUCAUGCCGGGCGUGCUGGACGCGAUACGUGUGCUACAGGAGAAGAAAAGCGGUAGACGAGUAGACCCGAAAAACCGGGCACAAGGACACGAAGAUCAACCAGACCGCAUACCAGGAACUCCGAGCACCGUGUGCGGCGAAGUAGUAGAAAUGGAAGGCUUUCGUUAUGUGGCGCGAACAGCGGGGGAAAAGCAAUGCCAGAGGAAACUGGUUCCCAUUGUUCCGCCGGGCAUGAGAGAAUACUGGCAAUCUAGUUGCGACGACGACAUUUUCUAAACGUGAUUUGUCCUUCGAUUUGUAGACUUCAGCUGCUUAUUGAUUCAGACACGCACUUUUACACAAGUAAGCGAUAAAAAAAUGGUCAGGAUAAACACAGCGUCAUGUUGGCCCUCGUCAUCUG